UCACUGUUUUCACCUUAUUAUUACCACUCACUGACUCACUCACUCGCUCUGAGUCUGGUUUUUGAACGCAGAGAAUCACACCAACCGCGUUUCUACUUCAACGCUCUCUCUUCUUCUUCUUCUUCUUCGUUCAGUUCACCCAAAAUGACCUCGAUUGUUCAGGGUUUCACCAAGUCCCUGGCCAUGACCGUUCUCUCUGAGAUUGGUGAUAAAACUUUCUUCGCAGCUGCGAUACUGGCUAUGCGCCAUCCUCGACGACUUGUCUUAUCCGGCUGCCUAUCGGCUUUGAUUGUGAUGACCAUUCUCUCUGCUCUUGUUGGCUGGGCUGCUCCUAAUCUGGUCUCUCGUACAUGGACUCAUCAUAUUACAACAUUCUUAUUCUUGGGGUUUGGGCUUUGGUCCUUGAAAGAGGCUAUAUUUGAACAAGGGGAUGCAGAGGAUUUGGCUGAAGUUGAAGCUGAAUUGGACAAAAAUUGGAAGGCUAAAAAUGGAGCUUCAAAAGAUAGCAAUAAGGCUGAUGAUGACAAGAAAAAGAAUAACCGGUCAUUUUUAUCUCAGUUUUUCUCUCCCAUCUUUCUACAGGCAUUUUCUAUCACAUUUUUUGGUGAAUGGGGUGACAAGAGCCAGCUGGCUACCAUAGGUUUGGCUGCGGAUGAGAACCCAUUUGGUGUGGUUCUUGGAGGGAUUCUGGCGCAAACAUUAUGCACUACUGCUGCUGUUAUGGGAGGAAAGAGUUUAGCUUCUCAGAUAUCUGAAAAAGUGGUUGCGCUCUCAGGUGGAGUUCUUUUCAUUGUUUUUGGUAUCCAGUCGUUCCUUUCUCCGGUCGAAUCAUGAAGGCUGUUAUUGGUUAGUGAUAAUUCUUAGUGAUUUUUUUUUGUAAUCACAAGAGAUGGUCUGCAAAUAUGCUUGUUAUAGUGGUUGAGAUGGUCUGCCAGAAGAGCUGAGCUUUGUGCCAUAUCCACCUUGGGUCAAAGAUUCAUUCUUUUCACCCUUUUAAAGAUUUUGUGGUUAAAAAUAAAGAUACAAACAAUUGUUGAACUAGACCCAAAUUUCAAUAUGUAAAGUUAGCUUAAGUGGAUUAUUCCUUUUCAACACGUGUUUACUGGAGGAAUAAAAAAGGACCAGUUUGGAAAAAAAAA